ACUACUCCGCCAUUUUUUGUAAGCGAGAAUCUCGCAAGUAGCUUGGUCCAAGCUUCGGCCUCACGAAACGUGGUGAAACCACCACGAAGAUACAACGAGCAUGCAGCGGAUAAGACUCCCGUCUUUGACGUUGCUCUUCUACAUAUCCUGGAGAGCGAAUUUCGAAGACCUAAUCUACGCAAUCCUGCCUCGCCGCCACAAUCUGGUUCGAUUCGAUACUAGGGCCGUUGUCACUGCUGCCUUGUUCCUAUACGUGGCCUUCGCCGCGUCCCGCGCGCCGACGAUAGAUACGGUCGACCACAGCAGCUGCAGCAACCACCACCUCAAAGAGCGCCCGAGCAUGAUGCUAGGAUGAGCGGAUACAGAGACCAGCCUCCUCGGGGCUUUGGCCAGCCGCCUCCACCAAGCGUGGGCCACGGAAGAUGUGUUCAGCUCCGGCCCAUCAAAAGCCCCGGAGGCAACGCCUAUGUAUUCAGCAACUUAGCUGCCGUGUCUCCACAAGAUUUUCCGCCCUCGCGGGAUGGCUCCGAUAUCUAUAUACGCGUUAACCGCAACUUCGUCCUCUCCGCGCGGCCUACCGAGGGCUGCCGUCCUGGCGAGAUUGGCUUAACGGAUGCGCAGAGAACAUGGGCGGGCAUCUCGCUCGGUCCCCAAGACAUUGUCACCGCCGAACCUUACGAUGCGUUCGCUCAGGGGAGUGGCCAGUCAUAUCUGGGAAACCUGGAAGUUGAGGUUGGCUUUGCCACAAAGAGGACAACUGAAGUGCUGUAUGAUCAAGACGAGCUUGCAACGCUUUUUAAGAAGAAUUUCGAGAACCAGCUCCUUGCGCCAGGACAACAGCUGCUUAUGGAUGUUAAGAACAUUGUUCUCAGAUUGUCGAUACGGACUGUCCAACUCGUUGAUCUAUCCAUGGAGAAAGCGGAAUCCGCUUCUGAUUCGCUCAGGGACCCCAAUGCCCGUGGUAUCCUCACCCGACACACCCAAGCCGACUUCUUCAAGAAUGCGCGAUCCGACAUCAAGCUGAAGGCUUCUAGUAGGCGUCCGGUUAACUCUAUCGUUCAACCUAGGUUUAAAUUCGAGGACUUGGGUAUCGGUGGCCUAGAUACGGAAUUCAGCUCGAUUUUCCGGAGGGCAUUCGCUUCUCGCAUCUUCCCACCCGGCCUUGUAGAAAAGCUGGGUAUUCAACACAUUGGCAAGAUGUUAAAUGCUAGAGAGCCUAAAGUUAUUAACGGGCCUAAGGUGCUUAACAAGUAUGUUGGUCAGUCUGAAGAGAAUAUCUGGAAACUCUUUGCCGAUGCAGAGAAGGAAUACAAAGAGAAGGGUGACGAGAGCGGCUUACAUGUUAUUAUCUUUGAUAAACUAGACGCCGUCUGCAAGCAGAGAGGAUCUAGCGGAGGCAGCAGCACUAGCGUUAGUGACAGCGUCGUCAAUCAACUCCUCUCGAAACUUGAUGGCGUGGAGCAGCUGAACAACAUUCUUCUUAUCAGUAUAACUAAUAGAAUGGACAUAAUUAACGAAGCGCUGCUGCGUCCUAGCCGCCUUAAAAUCCUAAAGAUACAUACAACUAAAAUGCGUGCUAACAAUAUUAUUGAUGGCGAUGUUAACCUUGAAGAGUUGGCUAAAGUCACGAAGAAUUUUUCAGGUGCCGAAAUCUGUGGUCUCGUUAAAGCAGCCUCGUCCUUUGCUUUCAACCGCCAUAUACAAGUUGGCACCAUGGCUUCCAUCAAGCCCGACGUAGAGAACAUGAAGGUUAAUCGUCUUGACUUCUUGAGUGCGCUCGAAGAGGUAAAGCCGUUGUUUGGGGCAGCAGAAGAGGAACUCGGGAAACGUCUGCUCGACGGUAUUGUGCAUUUCUCCCCAUUUAUUAACGAUAUACUUGGAGAAGGAAGGCUCUAUAUCAACCAGGUCCGUAAGGGCUCAACACCAGUUCUCUCUGUUGCCCUGCACGGGCCACGAGGUAGCGGGAAGACUGCACUAGCGGCAAAACUGGCCAUUGACUCGGGGUUUCCGUUUAUUAAACUUAUAUCGCCUGAGGACAUGGUUGGCUUUAGCGAGAUGCAGAAGAUUCAGCAGCUUAACAAGGCUUUCCUGGACGCAUACAAGAGCUCUCUCAGCAUCGUUGUUAUUGACAACGAUCGCCGUCUGCUGAUUUUCGUGACUACGACCGAACGGCUAUUGCUCGAUCAGUUAGAUCUGUUCCACCGCUUCGACACAGACAUUGCAGUGCCAAACGUUAACACGCAAGCCGAGCUCGCGCAUAUCUUACAGUGCUCAGGAAUGUCAGAUAGCGAUCAGCAGCGUGCUAUUAGGAAGAUUCAAGAAGCUACAGGCAGCGCAGAGGUAGGGGUUGGCAUCAAGAAGAUCUUGACAGCUAUUCGGACGGCCAAGGAGGAUCAGGAUGUGCCAGGCCGCUUCGCCAGAGUCAUGUCUCAAGCUAUUGCAGCCAACAGGAAAGACGAGCGCAUGAUGUAA